UAAUAUAAAGGGAGUUGUCUCACACUUUUUAUUAUAAAGGAACAUUUACCUUUGAGGCCAAACUGACAUUAAAUGCAAAUAAGUGAUUACAAUUAUGUUGAUGCUUUGGUAGUGUUUAAUCAAUUUAAACUAUAUUUUAUUUGAGCAUGUGUUUUUGUUGUCAUUUCCAGGUGCUGAGUUCUUAAUUUCUUCCGGCCGCCAUGUCCCGUGCACGUCAACCACCGUUGGUCACAGGCAUCUCGCCCAAGGAGGGCGCAGCCUGGACCAAAGUCACCAUCCGUGGAGAAAACCUUGGCACAGGCCCAGCAGACCUCAUUGGUCUGUCGAUCUGUGGCCAUAACUGCAUGCUGACAGCCGAGUGGAUGUCGGCCAGCAAAAUAGUGUGCCGCGUGGGUCCUGCCAAAGAUGACAAGGGAGAGAUCAUUGUCACCACCAAGUCCGGGGGUCUCGGCACCUCAACGGUCUCAUUCAAACUGCUGAAGCCGGAGAGGAUUGGUAUCCUGGACCAGUCUGCGGUGUGGGUGGAUGAGAUGAACUACUACGACAUGAGGACGGACCGCAACAAAGGAAUCUCCCCCCUUUCCCUGCGUCCCAGUAAUCCACUGGGAAUCGACAUAGACAAAGGAAAACUCCCACAGAAGGACCUCGAGCAGAUAUUCCCAGGGAAGAGCGGAGACUUCACCAGUGAGAACUUCUCUGCCACAUGGUACCUCAUAGAAAACCAUGCAGGCUCCAGUUUUGAUCAGCUGAGGAUGGGAGCUAAUAAUCUGAAGAAGCAGGCCACCAAGAAGAAUGAGGGAAGUCUGGCCUAUGUGAAAGGAGGCCUCAGUACUUUCUUCGAGGCUCAGGACGCUCUUGCAGCUAUCCACCAGAAGCUAGAGUCUGAUGGGACAGAGAAGGUGGAAGGAUCCAUGACUCAGCGACUAGAAAACAUCCUUAACAGCGCGAGCGAUACUGCCGAUACUCUCUUCCAGGAGGUCUUGGGAAGGAAAGACAAAGCUGACUCCACACGAAAUGCACUCAACGUCCUGCAACGUUUCAAGUUUCUCUUUAACCUCCCACUCAACAUUGAACGCAACAUCCAGAAGGGAGAUUACGACGUGGUGAUCAAUGACUACGAGAAAGCCAAAUCUCUGUUUGGGAAUACCGAAGUUCCAGUUUUCAAAAAAGUUUACGCUGAGGUGGAGACGAGGAUCAGCGCUCUGAGGGAUCUUCUCUUGGAAAAACUGCUGCAGACACCGUCAACCCUUCACGACCAGAAAAGAUACAUCAGGUAUCUAUCCGACCUCCAUGCCCAAGGGGACCCAGCGUGGCAGUGCAUCGACGCUCAGCACAAGUGGAUCCUGCAGCUCAUGCAGAGCUGCAGAGACGAGUUCAUCACCGGCCACAGAGUGGCGGCUGGAGCCCUGGAUCCGGAGGGGGAUACCCGUCCGCCAGCCCUCGGCAGAUUGAGCCACUCUGCGCCUGUGAAGAGAGGGGGCAGUCUACGUUCACCACGACCCAGCACCUGUGGAUUUGAAACCCCACAGAAGGUGCAGUUUGUGGAGAAGCUUUCGGAUGUGGUAAUCGGUCAGCUGCCCAACUUCUGGAAGCUUUGGAUCUCUUACGUUAAUGGGAGUCUUUUUAGUGAGACUGGAGAAAAGUCUGGCCAGGUGGAAAAAUCCAAGAAGAAUGCCAGACAGAGACAGAGCGACUUUAAAAAAAUGAUUGAAGAGUUGACCAGUCGACUUGUGAAUCUCAUUCGGGGCGCCCUCCUGCCCGCCACCAUGCCGCAAGUGGAACUGAGUUUUUACGGAGGCUGGGAAAACAAGUCAGAGCUGACAGGAGCCUGGCUUACACAGAUCAUCCACACAGUCAGGGGUUGUCACGAGGCCCUUUCUGCUCUGGAGAUCCCAAAUGAUUUGCUGCAAGUGAUCCAGGAUCUGCUGCUGGACCUUAGAGUUCACUGCCUCAUGGUCACUCUGAUGCAUACGUCCGAAGAUGUGAAGAGGCUUGCUGAGAAGGAAGACUGGGUUGUAGAUAAUGAGGGAAUCACCAGUCUGCCUUCCCACUUUGAGCAGUGCAUGGUCCAGAUGCUGCAGUCUCUCAAAGAGCCGCUGGAAAUCAAACCAGGAGAGAUCAAUGUGUUGCAGUUGGACCAAGUCCAGGACCAAGCUUCAGAGCUCAGUGCGGGCAUCAUGAAGGUUUUUAUAAACUGCUUGGAUCAGCUAAGUACCAAGACAGAUGGAGUUUUUCAUUCACCUCACAACAUUUCAAUGGAGCUUUCCUCCCCAGACCGGUUUACUUACAUCCAGGAGGACUUCAGGCCAACACCCGAGCAGCGUCUGCUGAUCAUUCUUAGUAACUGCCAAUAUCUGGAGAGACACACCUUCCUGAACUUGGCUGACCACUUUGAGAAGCACAGUUUCACAGGGACGGAGAAAAUCACUCGGGUGAGUGUGGACGCUGUACGUGAGCUGGACAGGAAGCUGUUCGAAGCCUACAUUGAGAGGCGAGCCGACCCAAUUGCCGGCUCCCUGGAGCCGGGCAUCUAUGCGGGAUACUUUGACUGGAGAGACUGCCACACACCCACAGGUGUUAGGAACUACUUAAAGGAAGCUCUGGUGAAUGUCAUCGCCGUUCACGCCGAGGUUUUCACCGUCUCUAAGGAUCUGGUCCCGCGGGUUCUGUCGAGAAUUGUGGAGUCGGUGGCAGAGGAGAUGUGUCGCCUCAUGCAGUGUGUGUCAUCCUUCAGCAGAAACGGAGCCCUGCAGGCUCGGCUCGAGCUCUGCGCCCUGAGAGAUGCCGUGGCCACAUACCUAAACCCCGAUAGCAACACCAGCUUCAAACUGGCUCUGGAGUCCCUGCCACAGUUACACAGCGGAGCCGAUAAGAAGUUAUUAGAAGAGUUGCUGAACAAGUUUAAGAGCAGCAUGCAGCUCCAGCUCACCUGCUUCCAGCCCUCCUCCAUUCAGCCUGUCAAGAGAUGAGACAAAUCCACUUCAUCUGCCACUGCUCUGCCCUUGUUUCUUAUCAGUGUGCAUAUAUCUGUUCAAUGAUCACUUUGUUUACUCAUCCGUUUUCCAGCGUUACUUUCAAUUUCUGCUUUACUAGAUGAACACAAAUAUCUGUAUUUCUAAUCUUGAAGACACUAAAUGAGUCGAUUUCAUUGUUACUGUGCAGGACAGUCCCAUUGUGUUGGUUAUUCUAAUUGCUUAUCGCCAGUCAAGCAGCUAACAGGCAGAGUGCAUGUGAGGAUAACAGUGCUGAUCCAGAAAAGUCCAGAAAGUUCUGAAUCGGGGGUUGUGGGAGGUAAGCUGCAGCCAGCCUGGAGUCUCCUCUCAGACUGAGCCACUGUACAUACUUUGAGCUGUUCCCAAUAAAAAGAGCCAACUUACCACGAAAUGUUUCUCUCAGAUCGGAUUUGUUAUUUGACAAAAUAGCAAACAUUUCAAAGGAUUGCAUAGCCAGAGCCGGCCUGACUCUUCCAAAAACAGGGGCAAGAUAGGAGUACAUUCAAGUCUCAUGAGGUACUUUUCCUACU